CACCGAUCAAUGAAAAGAGCUAAAGAUGUCGGCUCAGUCAUGUGAUCAGCUGUGUCCAAUCACAGCUGAUCACUGAUGAUCAGUGUGCCCUGAUGAUCUGUGUAGCCCCAGCAGCGCCACCUGUCAGUGUCCACCAGCUCUCAGUGCUCAUCCAUGCCACCUUCCAGUGCCACAUCAGUGCCACAUUUUAGUGCCCAUCAGUGCCACAUCAAUGCCAAAUAUCAGUGCCCAUCUGAGCUGCCUUUCAGUGUCACCCAUCAGUGCCAGUUAGUGCCACCUAUCAAUGCCAGUCAGUGCCACCUAUCAGUGCUGCCAAUCAGUGCCACCUAUCAGUGCCAGUCAGUGCCGCCUAUCAGUGUGCAUCAGUGCCGCCUAACAGUGCCAGUCAGUGCCACCUAACAG